AUCUUAAUUUCUGGUUUUGGGUCAGCAUGGAAAUUUGAUGAUAGUUUGGUUUCAUUAUUUGAUGAAGGAAUGACAUACGAAUACUCCGACCCUCAAAUUUUUAUCAAACGUCGAUUCACCCCAGACACUAAGUCGGAUAUAUAUAGCUUAGGAGUAAUAUUAUGGGAACUUACAAGUGGAAUUCGUCCUUUUUCGAAAGUUCCCAAUAAACUCGCCUUAGCACGCCUUAUUUCAAAAGGUAAUCGAGAAAAAACUAUUCGUGGAACGCCUUCAAGUUACGCAAAACUUUAUAAAAAAUGUUGGAAUACUAAUCCGAAAAAACGCCCGGAGCUUGAUGAAAUUUUGAGUAAAAUUCAACAGUCUAGAAAAGCGACUGAAACAAUUAGAAAUC